AUGUCACAGAGCCCACGAAGCAUCAGUCAAUGGAUGAGCUCGCCGUCGAAUCAGUCGCUUUUAUGGGCUAUCCUCGUUAGCUUCCUUCUCUUCUCCAUCGCCUUCAUUGUAUUCCAUCCCCAUCCCGAUGCUGACAAGCUGUCUCGCGAGCCGAGAACCAUCGAAAUUAUGAACGUGAACCUUUCAUCAAACAGGAAAUUUCGUGCCGCUCGCAUAAGCUAUGAUGCUUCACAGCUCCUGACCAUGCUGCAUUGGUCUUCUCCUGUCAGUCUUCAGGUGCCUGUGUUCAACCCAUUUCCGUCAGUUAUGGGAGCUGCUCGUUCUAUCUCCGUUUCACAUGGCUUGCUGUCAUGCAGCUUGGCAUCAAUGUGA